AUUCACACUUCAGCUACUCCAUUAACUACAAAUUUCAAACACACUAAGCAGAAAUGUGAAUUUCCCGCUCAAAAUUUCGCACCAAAUUCACCAUUUCUCUCGAAGUUUCUAGAAUCAUCCGAUCGGCGAUUUGUUAUCUGCUCGGCCGUCGGCGAAAAUGGGAGAUGUGAAGAAGAAAUGGAACGUUACUUACACGAAGCAUCUCACGCAGAAGCGAAAAGUUUAUCACGAUGGCUUCUUAGAGCUUCAAUCUUCCAACAACAAGGCAAUGCUCUAUGAUGAUUAUGAGAAGCUGUUAGGCGUUAAGAUAUUGAAGAGCGAUACUGAUGUCAAAACAGGCGAAACACUGGCAUUUGAUUCUUACCUUGUUGAUAUUGGUGAUCCUCACGGUGAUUACAAACCUAUACCGAUAUUAAAUACUAAACGGAUGAAUAAGAAUGUUCCUGAGGAAUCUGGGCUGCUGCAUUCAGGAAAAAAAUCAGUUACUGCUGAUAAUAGGAAAUCUAAUCCGGGGAAAAGGAAGGGAUUGCCAAGUCCUCUAAGCCCAUCGCAAAGGAUUAUCAGAGAGUUCAAGAAGAAUGAAGUACACAAAUAUAGUUCUUCUCCAAGUUCCCUUGACAUGGCAAACUCAAGCAUAGAAGAAUGGCAGGUAUUAUACUCAACACAAAUGACUCAAAAGGCAAAGAAGUUCCAUGAUGGUUUUUUACAACUUGUAAUGUCUACCUCACAUUGCAAGCAGAUCAUGCUGUAUGAUGCAACCAGGAGACUCCUAGACAGCAGGUUUCUCAGAAAGAGCGAGAGCAUCAUGCCUGGCAUAUCGGUAACAUUUGAUGGUCACUUAGUGGAGAUAGGAGAAUGCAAGGAGGACAAAAAGCCUCCAAAGGACAUUAGUCCUCAAGGAAAACAUAGCAAGGAACUUGGGGAAAGAGGACCAAUACACGGGGAUGUCGCUGUCCAUAAUAAGGUUCCAGCUGAAUGGGAUGUCAUGUAUACUACUCAAAUAACUCAGAGGGCAAAAAAGUACAGUAAUGGAAUCCUUAGACUUUCAUCCUGUGGUUCCUACCAAUCUCAGGUUACUCUGCUUACAGAAGACGGGAUCAUACUAUGCCGAAGGUUUCUCAAGUUAUCAGAACAUGUCACAACUGGAACUACAUUGCAUCUACCAAAUUAUUGGGUUGAUGUUGGUGGCAUAAGGACAAGUCCAGAAGGAAAACCUCAAAAUGAUGCUUCUUCCCGAGAGAAUGCACAUUCUGAAGCUGAAGUAUCUGGACCUGACAAUAUCAAAUUAAGAAAACCUCAAAGUGGAGCUUCUUCACUGGUACAUGUGGAUUCAAAGACUGCAAGCAUUAUCAACAACGCAAGUUGUAGGAUAUUUAAAAGUAACUCCAUUUGUGCAGGGGAACCCCAAAUUGGAGCUUGUUCACUGGAGCAUGUGGAAUCAAACACUGCAAGUGUUAACAACUCCACAAGUUGCAGGAUAUCCAAAACUAACUUUGUUCGUGCAGGGGAAACUCAAAUUGGAGCUUGUUCACUGGAACAUAUGGAAUCAAAGACUGCAAGCAUUAACAACACCACAAGUUGUAGGAUAUCCAAAACUAACUCUGUUCGUGCAGCCCAUGAAAUCUUGUCCAUUCUUAAAAAGCCAUUCACUUCAAAAGGUGCUGCUACAGUAAGGGACAACACGCAUGCCGACGAAUGCCAACUAUUGCAGUCAUCAAGUCUUGUUGGCAGUGCUAUGAAGAGUCAAACUGAGGAACAUCUCACGCAAGACUUCAAUGCUGAAGGUAGUUCAUCAAAGCAUAUGGAAGAAACUAUCAUGACGCAUAGCAAUGACAGGAACAUCUCAGAUACUGAUGCAUUCCGUCUGGACGGCUUAUCCCAACCAUUGGAUUGUGCCGACCAAAGAGUAUCUCAUACUCAUUCAUUAGGCUUGUCUACAGGAUUAGCAGCAACGGAUAUAUGGUUAGGUGAUAUAGAAUGCGCUCUCACACAGAGAAGGUCCCCAACAACAAAGGAGAAGCAUUUGGCUAUUCCUGAGUCAGACUCUAAGGUUCAACCCUGCCACGACAGGUCUAACAAAAUUCCAGAAAUAGAGAAAGCAUCUGAGUCAGUCUCUCACCAAGAUAAUCCUAGUGUCUCAGUGCCUGCAUUAACAGAUGUCUGCAGCUUAACUCAUGCGUCCAACAAGCCUUCUGUGGAUCAGAAGCAGACGGAUACCCAGUCGCAAGAGGGGUUUUCUGGUGUCAUCAGUGAUGUGUCGAAUGACUCUGCUCCACAGUUCCCUUGUCACUCAACUAAGAUAAAAUCUGAGCAUGAGGCAAGCAAAAUGGAUUAUUUUCCGAGUUUUGAUCUUGGAUUUGACUAGGAUUAUUAUUAUAUGGUUUGGUUCUUUUCGAUGUAUCAGCAAAAUACUAUCGGUGAGGCUUUUCUCAAGAUGUAUGCUGACUCGCCUAGUUCACCUAUCUUGGAUAUGCUCAGACAUAAAUCUUUGGUAAUUGUUGUAGUUUCUUCACAAGUACUGUCGAUUAGAAGGAAAAGAAAGUAAAAAAUUACUGAAAGAUUGAAGCUAACAACUUUGUGGAUACUUGUUACUAGACUGGGUAUGUGCAUGUUACGCUAGAGUAACACUACUCAAAAUUCAAAUAAUGUAUUUUUCAUUUUUAGUUCAAAUUGCUAUUGUACAUUAAAUUACAAUGUUAUAAAUAUGCAACAGUAACUGCAGAAACAUUUCACUGACC